CAGCCCAUUUCUUGCAGGCUGGUGCCAGGCAGCUGCCACUUCCUGGCCCCUCCGGCAGUGAAGGCAGACGUGGCCAAGUGGAUGGUAGGAUGAGCAGGAGCAGGAGGAGGCUGCCCUCGCCAUUGGCACGGCCAGGGACCUCGGCUGCAGUAGGGGCACCGGGGCCAUCGGGCUCUGCUGGCGCAGGAUCUUUCUUUGCCCGGCCCUUGGAAGAUCUGUGCAGCCAGGAUGGCAUGCUGCCUCAGCCCAUCCAGGACCUCCUGGCUCUGCUCAAUGAGCAUGGCCCAUCCACGGAGCGGAUCUUCCGACUGCCAGCCAGCCAGCGCGCCUGCCAUGAGGUCAGGGAGGCCCUGGACAUCGGGGUGCCGGUGCAGCUGGAAAACCAGCUCAUGCUGCUGCUGGCUGUCCUCUUGAAGGACCUCCUCCGGAAUAUCCCCUCCAAGCUCCUCAACAUCCAGCUGUUCGAGGAGUGGAUGAAUGCCAUGGAGAAGACCAGUAGGCAGGAGAGGCUAGCAGCACUGACAGAGGUGGCCAGCAAGCUACCAGAGGCCAACCUGCUCCUGCUCCAGCACUUGCUGUGGCUGCUUAGCAGCACCAGCAAGAAUGUGGCCACAACCAAGAUGACUGCCAGGAACCUGGCCAUCUGCCUGGCAUCAAACCUCCUGAGCCCACUCCAGGAGAUGCCCCUGGAUGUCCUGGCUCUGGAGACAGGGAAGGGAACGCAGCUCGUCGAGUUCCUCAUUGACCAGCAGGUGGAACGCAUUGGAGAGCAGGUGGCCGGGCUGGCCAGCAAGGGGGAUCAGGAGACACCAGCACCACAAGCAGAGCUGGAAACAGCAGAGGUAAGUGAAGUGCACAAGCAGUGUGACAACAAAAGCCUCCCCCCUCAGAAGGUGGGGCUGCUGCUGAAAGGACAAGCACGGUCAUCCACCAGCCUGCAGCUCUGCCAAAGUACAGAGCAAGGCUGAUGCAGGUUGGCCAUCCUGCUUUGUGAGGUGAUCCCACCACAGCUGGCUCAGCUGAGCUGAGCAAACCCAUCCAAGGUAUGUGCCUUUUAGAGCUAGGGUAGCAAUUGUGCAGGGAGGUCCUUGCCCCCUGCUAACCUACACAUUGCCAUUGCAGGUGCCUCCCAUCGCUCCUGAGAGAGAACAGCAGAGGAGCUUAUCCGGGGAGAGAAGGUAAAACUGCCUGGCUUUGCUUGGUUCAAGCUAAUCAUGGCUUCACCUGUCUAACAAUACUGUUGAAUGGAAAGGUUCCCUGGCUCUUCGCGGAACACCAGGAAGCGAAGAGCAACCUGGGAAGAGGGCAGUGACAGGCCACCAUCCCGGAAGAAGACCAAAACUGAGCUCUCAGGGAUGGGCAACUCAAAAAAUUCAAGCAGGGGAAGAACGAGGCACCCAGGUAUGUAGCAGAGCCUGUGUUCCAUCUUUUUGCCAAGCUCUGAGUAUAGGAAACAUUCCUGAGGUGCACAGGAUGGUCCUGCCUUGGGGGAACAUGUAUGUCAGGAGAAACAUGCCACCACAGCAUUGCCUGCCAACCUGUGAUUUUAGUAUGGCAGUGUGAGGGAUGCUGCUGCUUGGGUUUUGGAAAGGACCAUAUCCCAGCUUCCCAGGCUCCCUGCCGAGCCCUGCUGCCUGGCGAGGGGGCACUGUGCAUCUCUGUCAACUUGCCGUGCUCUGAAGGUGUUGCAUGUGUUGAGAAGGUACCAAAGCAACGCUGUAGUUGUCAGUUAGGAGACAGUAAGGAGCCUCUCUUCUGUGCUAGCAAUGACCCUUUUUACAGCAUACUUCCAAAAAACCCAGGAGCCAAGUCCUGCCUGCUCUUCCCCUCAUGUCUUCAUCAGCACUUUCUGACUGCCCUUGUAGGUGCCCAUUUACUGCUUCGAUUCCCCGCAUGUGCUCUGCUGCCUGGGCUUGGAGUUCCACCGUGUGGCCCCAGCACCACCUCGGCAGCGGCGAGGACAGAACCACCUUCUGCUCUGGAUAGAAGGUUCCACCACCUUGUCCCAGAGCCAGAGCAGCGCCCUCAGACCCAUCCCAGCCCUCACAGGCGGCCUUGCUGGCUCACUCCUCAGCUCUGCCAGCAAAAGCCCACCCACUGGAGCCUCUCCUCAAGUGGUGAGCUGGCCUCUGGACUUUGUUACUACCGUUGUUACUCUGCUUGUGUCUAUGUUUGUUGAUAUACUUGUUUCUGUGUUUAUAACUGUGUUUAUUCGUCUAUUACUAUGUCUUUUUAAAACAAAUUUUAGGAUAUACUUUAGGAUAGAUUUAGGAUAUAGUUUAGGAAGCACGUUAUAGGAUGGUAGUUAUUUCACAUUGUGUUAGUACACACUUCAUAGGAUCGUAGAAUAGUUAGGAUUAGAAUAGGAUAGUUAGGAUUGGAAAGGACUUCCAGUAAUUUCAUGUAAUGUCACAAGACUGCUCUUUGAAUGGCUUUUCAUCUGUAUUAGUAAAAAUAAGAAAGAAUUACAAAAGUCGUAUCUCUCUGCCUUGCCAUCUGCAUCCUGCAGAAUGGAAAACAGAAAAUAAAGUGUAUUGAGAGAGUCUUUGGAUUAGGGAAGAAAUGACAGAAAGAUAUUUAUGAAUGCAGAAGAAUUACUGCUACACCUUGAAAAAGAUUCAGAUAAGCUCUAAAGAGUACUGCCUGCUGUUGGAAUACAGCUGCAUAUCUUAGACACCUGUUAAGGUCCAGAAGUAAAGAGAAACUUGCUUCUGAAAGAAAAAUGAAGGCAGGCAGCAGAUAGGAGCAUUGAAUUGCUCCACUGUACGUUCAUUGACAACUGCUCGUGGUGGGGAGAGAGAUGCUGAAACAGAAACAAAAAAAAAAACAAAAAACAACAAGGAAACAAAAUAAUAAUAAAAUACCCCCAACACAAAACCAAACAACCGCCUCCCACCUCCUCCCAAAAAACCCCGAAAAACAAAAAAAUAAAAAAUAAAAAAAAAAACA